CCAUUUUGGGCCUGCUUGAGAGACCUACCCUGGUCUCUCCCAGAGACCUCAGUUACCUCUGCCAACCCUGGCAUGGGCCUUUUCCAAGAGAACAUAGAGGAGGAGAGAAUGGCAGCCAGAUGGCAGAAGUCACUCAAGUUUAAGGAUGUGGCUGUGAAGUUCUCAAAGGAUGAGUGGAAGCAACUGGUUCCUACUCAGAGGGCUCUUUACAGGGAGGUGAUGCUGGAGAGCUAUCAGGGUUUUGUUUCUUUGGGACUUCUAGUUCCUAAACCUGAUGUGAUUUUCCAGUUGAAGAGAGGUGAAGAGCCAUGGAAACUUGAUUUUCAGGAAGAUGAAGAAAGUGAUGUCCCAGGAAGCACUUUUCUAGACCAGAAUGCUAGACUUGAGAGCCAGGACUCAACUCAAAGGCAGGAUGUUUCUAAAAAAGCAAAGUCACAAAAGACAUUAAUGGAAACACUCAGAAAAGAUGGCCCUCUGGGUCCUGUACUUGGCCCAGAAAACCAUGAGGGCACCAAGAAAGAACAUCUUUCAGGGGAGACUUUGAAGAAAUCCUCCCCCAAGGAAGACUCGCAAAGAUCCACUCCUGCCAAGAAAACCAACAGUAAGGGGAGAAACCUUGAAUGCAGCAUAUGUGGGAAGACCUUAUAUAACCACUUAUCCCUCACUCGUCAUCAAAGGACCCAUACUGGAGAGAAACCCUAUAACUGUCCAGAGUGCGGGAAAGCCUUCAGCUAUAGAAGUAGCCUUAAGAAACACCUGAUAUCUCACACUGGGAAGAGCCCUUUUGAAUGCAAUGAAUGUGGGAAAACUUUCUAUGACCAAUUAACCCUUACCAAACAUCAGCGAACUCAUACCGGAGAGAAGCCCUUUAAAUGUCACGAAUGUGGCAAGGGUUUCUUUGUCCGCUCAUCUUUUACCCGCCAUCAGAGAAUUCAUACUGGAGAAAGUCUUUACGAGUGUACAGAAUGUGGGAAAUCCUUUAGCCAGAAAAGCAUCCUCGCUCGCCACAAGCUCACUCACACUGGAGAGCGGCCUUAUGAAUGCAGGGGGUGUGGCAAAGCCCUGUUUGACCGCUCCUCCCUCAUUCGCCACCGCAGAGUACACACCGGAGAGACCCGUUUUGAAUGUAAUGAGUGUGGGAAAGUUUUCUUUGACCGCUCAUCCCUUAAUCAGCAUCAGAAAAUUCAUAGUGGAGACAAGCCCUAUAAAUGCACCGAAUGUGGGAAAGCCUUCCUCCAGAAGAGACCGCUUACUCAGCAUCAGAGAAGAAUUCACACAGGAGAAAAGCCCUACGAAUGUAAUGAAUGUGGUAAAGCUUUUAGCCAGAGCAUACACCUUACUCUACACCAGAGAAUUCAUACUGGAGAGAAACCCUACGAAUGUCAUGAAUGUGGGAAAGCCUUCAGUCACCGCUCUGCCCUUAUUCGGCAUCAUAUCAUCCAUACUGGAGAGAAGCCCUAUGAAUGCAAUGAAUGUGGGAAGGCCUUUAAUCAGAGCUCAUACCUCACUCAACAUCAGCGAAUUCAUACUGGAGAGAAACCUUAUGAGUGUAACGAAUGUGGGAAGGCCUUUAGCCAAAGCACAUUCCUUACCCAGCAUCAGGUCAUUCACACUGGAGAGAAACCCUAUAAAUGUAAUGAAUGUGGGAAAGCCUUUAGUGAUCGAUCAGGCCUUAUUCAGCACCAGAGAACUCAUACUGGGGAGAGGCCUUAUGAGUGUAAUGAGUGUGGGAAAGCCUUUGGCUACUGUUCAGCCCUGACUCAACACCAGAGAACUCACACUGGGGAGAAACCCUAUAAAUGCAAUGAUUGUGCCAAAGCCUUCAGCGACCGCUCAGCCCUUAUUCGUCAUCAGAGAACACACACUGGAGAGAAACCUUAUAAGUGUAAGGACUGUGGAAAAGCUUUCAGCCAGAGCUCAUCUCUUACAAAGCAUCAGAAAACUCACACUGGAGAAAAGCCCUAUAAGUGUAAGGAAUGUGGAAAAGCUUUCAGCCAGAGUUCAUCCCUUUCUCAACAUCAGAAAACCCAUGCUGGAGGGAAAACCAAAGAAUAUGGAAAAGCGUUUAGUGAGCAUUCAGCCUUUGGCCAGCAAAAGAGAAUUCAUACUGGAUAA